AGGCAGCACUGGAACAAGCACUGCAACAAUCAUGACAGGCCAGUUCACGCGCUUCUAGACUUCUGCAUACAGAUAUGGAGCAAAAUCAUUUAAAAUUAUUUUUGAAGCAUCUGUCCCUGUUCUUCAUUUUUGUGGAACACGUUAAACCUGCAUUAUCAGACGGUUGGAAGCAUGCAUAUGCAGAAGACAAACUCUUUAAAAAACUCUUCAUCGGUUACAAUAAGUGGUCCAGACCUGUGCGGAACAUCAGCGAUGUUGUUAUCGUCAAAUUUGGCCUCUCGAUUGCCCAGCUUAUUGAUGUAGAUGAGAAAAAUCAAAUGAUGACAACAAACGUUUGGCUGAAACAGGAAUGGAAUGAUUAUAAACUGCGCUGGAAUCCAUCUGAAUUUGAUAAUGUGACGUCUAUUAGAGUCCCGUCAGAGAUGAUUUGGGUGCCUGAUAUUGUCUUAUACAAUAAUGCAGAUGGUGAGUUUGCGGUGACCCACAUGACCAAAGCCCACCUGUUCCACACAGGAAAAGUGAGUUGGGUUCCUCCAGCCAUCUACAAGAGCUCCUGCAGCAUUGAUGUCACCUUCUUCCCAUUUGACCAACAAAACUGCAAGAUGAAGUUCGGCUCUUGGACCUACGACAAAGCCAAGAUUGAUCUGGAGCAGAUCGAGAGCACUGUGGACCUGAAGGACUACUGGGAGAGCGGCGAAUGGGCCAUCGUCAAUGCCGUGGGAACCUACAACACAAAGAAAUAUGACUGUUGUCAUGAGAUCUACCCGGACAUCACCUACUUCUUCAUCAUCCGCCGUCUGCCUCUGUUCUACACCAUCAACCUCAUCAUUCCCUGCUUGCUCAUUUCUUGUUUGACCGUCUUGGUGUUCUACCUGCCAUCAGACUGUGGAGAGAAGAUUACGUUGUGUAUUUCCGUCCUCCUUUCCCUCACAGUUUUCCUGUUACUCAUCACCGAAAUCAUUCCCUCUACGUCUCUGGUCAUUCCACUGAUUGGAGAGUACCUGCUCUUCACCAUGAUCUUUGUCACCCUCUCUAUAGUCAUUACCGUUUUUGUGCUUAAUGUGCACCAUCGUUCACCAAGCACCCAUAAAAUGCCCCGUUGGGUCCAUUCGGUGUUCCUGGACCUCAUUCCCCGCUGGCUCUUCAUGAGACGUCCGGAACCCGAUCAGAAACGCCGCAAUACGGCCAACCCCAGCACAUCCAAAAGCUGGCUCCAGCAGGAGACGGAUGUGGACGGGCUGAACUGUCAGGACAUGGAGUUCGGGUUAGGGAUGGGAAUAUCAACGUCCAUCUUGUCCCCAUCCACCACGCCUCUGUAUCUGUCCGACUCGGAGCCUUUACUCCAGAAGUACGAGCUCCAGCAGUUGGGACUUGUUUUGAACCAGCGUCCAGUAAAGCUUACAAAUCUCGUGUCAGACCCCAGUCUGACCUUCUCACCGUGUGUCUUACGAGCUCUGGACGGGGUGCGGUACAUCGCUGAUCACCUGCGUGCUGAGGAUGAAGACUUUUCAGUCAAGGAGGACUGGAAAUACGUGGCAAUGGUGAUUGACCGUAUCUUUCUGUGGAUGUUCAUCAUCGUGUGCUUGCUGGGGACGGUCGGCCUCUUCUUACCUCCCUGGAUAUCAGGAAUGAUCUAAACUCUCGCUUUAAAAGCCGAGAUACAGACUGACAUCAAGAGCUCCGAUAAAGACUUCCCUGAUGGAAGCCAAGGCCUUUUCCAGGGACCAUUACAAACAUUUGUUAUAUGAAAAAGGUUUUUUAUUUCUUUCAGGGAUUAUUUGAGGAUGCGAUUCAUUGUUACAACCCACUGAAUGUCUGACAUUUACCGCUAUCAAACUGCGCCCGAGUCCUAUCGUUUCCAUGCAUAAAGAGCAGGACUGUCAGCACCGCAAUAUGCAAAAUUAACCUUUGGGAGAGAGGCAAAGCUUAUGUGACCCUGACGGGUGGCAGUUCAAUUCAGUUCACUCUUUACCCUUUAUCCAACCGUUCAAUGAAUCGUAGAUUGCAUUUUGCGCCGCUUUCAACAGCAAUUAUCUCCAAGGUCACAAGGCAACUCCUAUUUAUUUAUAAAUUAUAACUUUCUCGAGUCUUUGAAAACAGUGCUUUUGAUUUUGCGGAGGUUGUGCAAUUAUGCAAGUCAGGUCCGUGAACCACUAGGUCAAUAACUUUUAAAUGGGACCUGAGAGAACAAUGACAUUUACUACUUUAAAUUCUGCUCGCCCACUGAACUAAAACACUGUUUUGCAAACACAUGAAAAUCAGUUAAAGACAAAAAUAUUAGGGAGCAACUAGGAUAGGCCUUUAUCUGAUAAAAUCAAGAAUGAAUCAUGACAGAAAAAUGUCCCAGUCGGUUGACUUCAUAAUUAAUAUAACUUACUCCAUCAACCAGUCUUAUUCCUUAAUAGCUCCAUUUUAUAGCUAUGUAAAAAGUCCUUAACUGACUAAUCAUAAAUGAGCCGAUGUAAGCAAUGUCUCCCUCUGCUGAUGGUUGUGUAAAAGUUUCAGGAUUCAAAUUCACAAUUAAAUUAAAAGAAUAAUUUACAAACUAA